CAUCGGGGAUCGUUACAGCAAACCUUGUACUUACUUAUUUUUACUUGGUAUCACCUAGUUAAAUUAAUUUGAUCGAUCCCUAUUUUCCGAUCAUCACCUUCAUACGACUAAACUGCAGGUUCUUCUUGGAGGCAUUAAAAAGAUGAAAAUACAACGAUUAGUUUUGGUAGGGGAUGAAAAAUCUACGACGGUGACGAAAGAGAAAAUUUUAACGAUACCUAUUAAACCGGGUAUGCCGACAGGAACGAGGAUUAUAUUCCCGGAAGAAGGCGAUCAAGGACCUACGAAGAUUCCUGGUAAAUUGUUACAUCAGUUAACUUGUAAAAGAUAUUGAAAUAUUAACCCUUAUUCGGAGAGUCUAUCGAAAGCAUUACAUUAGUCUUUUAUUACAUUAAAUUAGCAUUAUAUUAGUCUACUAGACUAUUGAAAGAUAUAAGAAUAUAGUAGUAUGGAUCUAAGGAUCCAGAUAUGUAGGGACCGAGAAAGUUAUUUAGAGUUGCAGACAAUAAUCCAAAGAAGGGUUAACUUAAAAGCAUUUCUGUCCGAUUUGUACAAUAUUUGCAUAUAAUAAAUCUAUAUAAAUAUAUAAAAAUAUAUAUCGCAGUACGAUGCAUGGUUAAAGAUAGAGAUUUCACGAUAGCUAUUUCCCUUUUCGCAUAAGUUCGUAACAGGUAUCGAUUGAAAUUUCGCGAAAGAUGCGUUUAAAAUGCAUCGUACAUCUCGUACCGGACAGAAAUGGGUUAAUCGUAGUAGUUGUUCGCAUAAUGUCUUUACUCAGUCGAAAGCACGUCAGCGUAGCGGAUGUAAUCUUCAUCACGGAGGACCGGCCUCACGAGACCUUCCGAAGAGAGGGCUCUGACUUGCACAUGACGGUCGAUAUCUUUCUGCGAGAGGCACUGACCGGAACAGUGGUCACCGUCAACACCCUCGACGACAGAACCCUUCGAAUACCGAUAACGUCUGUCAUCACGCCAAAUUAUCGAAAGUACGUACCCAGUGAAGGACUACCAUUUCCGGAAAAUCCAAAGGAAAAAGGAGACCUAAUCAUAACGUUCAACAUUGAAUUUCCGGUAUACCUGCCGGUAUCAAAUAAAGCAUACGUUAAAAAAGCAUUUGAUACUUCAGAAGAUAUUAAACAUACCGAAUAUGUUCACCGUCUUAUAUUAGCUAGUAAAAUGCGUAGAAAUGUGGAUACCGAUGUUCCUGUACGUCGGGAUCCUAAUGACGAAGAAGCAAAAAAAUUAGACUUCAUGUGCGAUACUUAGCUAUUCCGCAUUUUGUCCGUUACACCAUAUCGAUAUAUCGAUUUUUAUUAUUGAUGUUAUAAAAGU